AUGUCAGCAAUCAACCCUGCAAACCCACCACGCCCUGCUUUGAUUGCAACAGAUAAAACGAGUUUUGCUUAUACAACAACACGUAUUCGAUGGCCGGUGAUAGUUACAAAAAUAGUCGAUACUUUGUUUCAAGCCUGUCAUGCUUUAGACGAUGAAGAGAAGAAGCGCACAGAGGGAAAGGCCAUAAUAUCAUCUAUUGGUGCCUUAAAGUAUGGAAUGGAAAGAGACAAACCUCUCACCCCAAUAUCCGACGACUCGAAUCCAGAUAUUGCCACAUGGAAUAAUGUCUAUAACACCUACUUCUCGAACUCUACCUGGUAUACUACACCGUGGCUCUUUACCGAAUGCUAUCUCUACCGGCGCAUUUAUUCCUACUUUGCUCGCUCGACUUACUGGAGUACAUAUGAUCCUUUCAGUCAACAAAAAGAGACUGCAUUCAAAGCUUCUCAAGUUGCGAUGGUUGCUCUUGCCGAGAGAAUCGACGAACUAAUUUCUUCAGAGGGAUUGCGUCUGGAUCACCGAAUAGUCUUUCAUGAAUUGGUCCAGAUAUCGCUCUGGGGAAAUGCGAGUGAUUUGAGUUUGCUCUCUAGUUUAGAUCCGCGCGAGUUGGGUAAAUUGCAGAGUACUGGAGCAGAGGAAUUGGGAAAAAUCGAGAAGAAUAUCUUGAGGAAUGAUAUAGAUUUGUUUUGGAAUAAAAUUAGAGAUUCGAAAGGAUCAAGAAUAGAUUUCGUGUUGGACAAUACUGCCCAACGCUGGCAAGGAUAUGUAGACUCUAACAUAUGGGUAGUAAAAACGAACUAUUUCUGGGUUUCGCCAUAUGCAUAUUGGCAUUUACCAGAACAGAAAGAGUUGUUUGAUGACAUUAAACAGGCAGCUGUUGUAGUGUUUAAGGGUGAUUUAAAUUUUAGAAAGUUAGUUUAUGAUUGCAAGUGGGAUUUUGCUACACCAUUCGAGGAAGCAAUAGGGCCGAUGGCAACCGAAGAAGGUGUACCAUCUGUUGUGACAUUGAGGACUUCCAAGGCAGAUGUCAUUGUCGGGCUACCAGAAGGGACAGCAGAGAAACUAAAUGCUGUUGAGAAUGAUUGGCUAUAUUCUGGCAAAUAUGCUAUCGUUGAAUUUUCCAGAGGGACCAAGUGA